ACCGUAGAUAGCAUUGACUCAUUUGUUCAUGACAUACAAAGUGGACAUUGGGAUACAGUACUUAAAAUUAUCCAGCCUUUAAAAUUACCUGCUAAAAAAUUGAUCGAUUUAUAUGAACAGAUUGUGGUUGAAUUAACAGAACUACGUGAAUUAAGUUCAGCUCGGCUUCUUCUUCGACAAACAGAUCCAAUGCAGUUGCUUAAAUCAACGGAACCAGAUAGAUAUGCCAGAUUAGACAAUCUUCUUGCUCGUUCUUACUUUGAUCCACGCGAAAUAUAUCCUGAUGGCAGUUCAAAAGAAAAAAGAAGGGCGGCAAUUGCACAGUCUCUGUCAGCUGAAGUUAAUGUUGUGCCACCAUCCAGGUUACUGGCAUUAUUAGCACAAGCACUAAAAUGGCAGCAACAUCAAGGAUUACUUCCACCUGGAACGCAGAUUGAUUUAUUCCGAGGAAAAGCAGCGAUACGUGAACAAGAAGAAGAGCGUUAUCCUACUCAAAUGGCUCGUCAAAUUAAAUUUGGUAAAACAAGCUUUCCACACUGUUCACAAUUUUCACCAGAUGGGCAGUAUUUAGUUACCGGAUCCGUAGAUGGCUUUAUUGAGGUUUGGAAUUACAUGAAUGGGAAAUUGCGAAAAGAUCUAAAAUAUCAAGCACAAGACAAUUUUAUGAUGAUGGACGGUUUGGUUUUAUGUUUAUGCUUCAGUCGUGAUUCUGAAAUGUUAGUUACAGCUAGCAUGGAUGGCAAAAUAAAGGUUUGGAAAGUACAAAAUGGACAGUGUCUGAGGCGUAUUGAAAAAGCGCACAGCAUGGGCAUUACUAGUGUUCAGUUUUCCAGAGACAACGCCCAUGUUUUGUCAGCAUCAUUUGAUAUGUUGGUGAGGAUUCAUGGAUUGAAGAGCGGAAAGAGCCUAAAAGAACUUCGAGGACAUUCAAAUUACGUAAAUGACGCUAAGUAUACCGAGGAUGGUCACAUGUGUAUAACUGCAUCAAGUGAUGGAACAGUACGAGUGUGGAAUUUGAAAACAUGUGAAUGUGUGAAUACCAUACGAGUAUCAGGUGAUACAGAUGUGAACAGCGUAAAUCCAAUUCCGAAAUCAGACAAUCAAUUCAUUAUCUGCAAUCGAUCAAAUACUAUUGUUAUUGUGAAUAUUAGGGGACAGAUUGUUAAAUCAAUGACUUCUGGUAAAACCGAAAAUGGCAAUUUCGUAGCGUGUACAUUAUCUCCACGAGGUGAAUGGGUCUAUUGUGUUGGAGAAGAUCACGUGCUUUAUUGUUUUUCACUCGUUACCGGAAAUCUGGAAAGUACACUGCCGCUGCAUGAUGAUCGAGUUAAUGGUUUAUGUCAUCAUCCACAUCAGAAUCUUAUUGCAUCAUAUGCUGAAGAUGGAUUGUUAAAGUUAUGGAAGCCGUAA